UACCAAUUAAGUAGUGAUUGAAAUAGGAGGCAGGUCUCUGCGAGUAAGCAUUUUACCAAAUAAUGAUAACAAUAAGCGGAAAAAAUAUUUGAACUAGCAAAAUAAUAUUUUCAAUGAAAAUACAGGGUCAAAUUGGAACAAAUGUUUGAUUCUACGCAAAAAUGGUGCACGAACUUUUGCCAUCCGCUCGCCAAGGAGUUUCAAUUACAAAAGUUCAGCUUGAAACAUGAACCAAUCGAUGAUUUUGCAAAAUCCCAAUGGCAGAAGAGUAGCCGCUCGUUGUUGUGGCUAAUCUAUCGCUGGCUCUUAGCAGCCUUUUUCACUGCCGUCGUAUGCGACACAAUGAUCAAUCUUUUCUAUGCCGGCAAAUGGUUUAUUUACCUGACCGCAUGGGGUUUCUUUCUGUGCAUGCUUACGAGUGUGUAUGGCGCUAUUUUAGUUAGCAUAUAUUAUUGGCGACCACAUGAUUUCGCUGUCCACCCGAUUGUGUUCACAACUUAUUGGGUUUCUUAUUGGACCACUUUGGUAUUGGCGACCGUCAUUACCAUUGUCUACUGGAGCCUUCUUUAUCCACAUGACAAGAGCGGAGUUUCGUUGACCUACAAUUUACUAGGACAUGCCAGUAAUUCCAUUCUGAUGGUGUUAGAUCAUAUGUUGGUUGCAUUUCCCACACGCAUUCUCCACUUCGUGUAUCCCAUUGGAUUGGGCAUGAUUUAUGUCAUAUUUUCUCUUAUCUAUUAUUUUGCCGGAGGCGUAGACACACACGGAGACCAUUACAUAUAUACGAUUUUAGAUUGGGCCCAACCAGAGACGUCGCUAAUAACUAUUAUUACUUGCUUUGCAUUACUUUCAAUUAUGUCAUUUCUACUAUUUGGGCUGUACAAACUGCGUUGCUUCAUUUACCGAAAAAUCAAUAAGUCCGUUUUAGUGCUUCAAGUUUGAUUUAUAAAUUAAGUGUAUAUUGUAUACAUAAAAUAUUAAUAAUGUUAUACGUUAUGUAUAAGAAUAUUGUUGUACAAAUGAGGAACAUGCAUAGGCGAUUUUAUACCUAUUACUCGUAUAACUAAUACCGUUUUGUUGAAAUCUUCAAACAACAAAUGCUUACUCUAACCUGGCUUUAGGAGAGCAAGUGCACUUYAUGUUUUAAACGGGACCAGAUGGCUCUUUAACAAACGCCAAAUAGGUAAAAUUAUAUGUAGUAAUCAUUACAAGUUUAAUCAUAAAGACAAAUGAAGUGCGUGGAAAGUAAAUAAAAAUUGAAUUGCGAUCACCUACACGUACAAUUAGGUCAGUUUCUUUCGAUCUUCCUAAAGUUUUACGCCGUGCCAAAAGUACUAUGUAAGAUGAAUGAGUGUUURGUAUGAGAAACAUUUUGAUUAAGCCUUUCUAACAAAGCAUACUAUACUUCACAAAUGUACUAAUAAUAACACUGCAAAGUAUUUUAAAUACGAUUUGUACAUUUGUGAAGAAGAGAAAUUGGAAACGUAGGUAACCAGGAAGAGGGARGAAUCUCGUGAGAUCUAAAAAUCAGGACAAAGCCCCCUUUUGAAUGAACCACUUCUCACUCUAAGAAAUGCUAAACAGAUUUUGUUUAAAAAGGUAAUAGAUAUUUUUAUAGUAAAUACUAUACGGACAGACUUAAGAGAUUUUUCAACAAACUCCUCAGUACUAUAACUAAACUAUUAUAGAUUAUGCAAAAGUUUCUAAAAAUGGUAAAACUUUUUGAAGGUUUAAGAAUAGUUUAUUUCGAUUCCCGGCAAAGCUACCAGUCCUAUAGAAAAAACUUAUAUAGGAAUGUUGUAGAUAAUGAAAAAACAAGCAAAAAAUUUCUUUCAU